CGUCCUUUCUCUACCCACUCGGCGUGCAAUGCAAAAAUAGCAACAGAGGGACUGGGGCUCCUCAGAAGAGAGGACAGAAACAAACACUGGCCUCGAGUCCGACAGUAAACAGAUUGGAGGGGUUUGUGAAAAACCUGAGGCAGACACUGUGUGUGGAAAAGUCUCUUGGUUGCAGUGUGUCUUUCAGCCAGCUGAUGUGAGAGGCUGUUGGUUUGGGCAGUCGUGGCCCUGCAGCUGGCUGAACCAUGGGGAACGAGAACAGCACCAUUGAGGCGUCGCCAGAAGAGGGCGCUCCAGAAAAUGUUGUUCUGUUUCCACCUCAGGAAAAUGAAAAUGACCUACAGGCUGAAGCUCAUGCUGAGAGUUUGACCCAGAGGGACAACAGAGCGCUGCUGACUGAGGCCGAAACCAGCCAACAGAGUCUGCUGUCUCAACCAGUUUUCCCAGUCAUCACCGGAGUGGAGGAGACUAGUGGUGCAGCUGGAGACAAGGAGUACAAGGAUGAGCUUGAGUUUCCUCAUGACCUGCUGCCCAGUCUAGACUUCAGCAGUGAGCUCAACAUCUGGGAGUCCUCGCUGGGCAGAACUCAGAAUAGCUCAGGUGAUAGGAAAUGUGAGCAGGUGAACCCCCUGCUGGCGGGCCCGCAGCAUCACAUGGAAGUCAGUCAACCAGUGGUGGUUCUAGACACAAGGCCUCAUGACAGCGACCCAGUUCUCACAGAUGCCCAGCCUUCACCAUGGCCUGCUGCCACACCUUACCCGGAUGUCCGGCCUCCGACCCUUCCCCCAUCCUUGCUCCUAGACUGGGAACUCCAAGAGGCCUUCCAGGAAUGUGAAAAGCAAAUGGCCUCACUGGGCAUACUUAAUUCCCCAGAGCCCCCCAGCACCAUGCCUGAGACAGUUAAUGAUGUAGGAAAGAAAACCGGAGAGGUGAUGGUUAAUAAGUCCAAUGAGUCAUCAUCACUGCCUCCAAUAGUAGUCCAGCCAGGGCAUAGCAACGGGGGCCAUGGAAACAAGAGUACACACGGAAACAGUGAGGCAGCAAACAGUCAGAAGGAUACAGUUGUGUUUAGUUUCAGGAAUUACAUACUGGGCACUGAGAAUAAUUCUGGGGCAGCAGAGGUCGAGAGUGAAAUAAAAGCGACACAGAGCCUGGAUAAAUGUCCAGAGAUUAAGCCAGAAAAAGAAACAGAGAUAGAUAAGCAGAUGGAAACACCCCCGCAUACACAAUUAGAAACAGCAACAGAUUCAUUUAAAGAAACCCGAAAAGAUGUUGCGUUGACUGAGCGGAGAGAUAAUCUAAGAGAGAAACAUGUUGGUUCUAAUACAGUCACUGAGGAAAAUGGCACUCUAGAUUAUAACACAGUGAUUAAGGAGAAAGGCACAGAGGCAAUAACAGAGAAUGUAGACAAAAAGAAAGAAAAUUAUAGUGAUGGGUCCAGUAUUCCUGUUUGUAUAGUUGAAACUGGAAAGAAAGAUGACUCAGUUAAUGAAACAUCUGGGAGCAGUAAUGUUCAUUUAAAGGAUAAAGAUGCAUUAUCAGAGAUGCAGUCAGAGACACGGACAGUAGCAAGCAAUCACACUGAGGAGGACCAGGAGUCAAAAACAGACAAAAGGAUGAAUUCACCAAGUGACAAAGAGGCUGAGCAAGACAAAAAGACAAAGAAGAAAGAAAAAAAGAAACAAAGGAAAAAGAAAAAGAUGGAGAAGAGUUCAGAGACUGAACAGCAAGAAAAAACAGUAGUGCAACCUGAAAAUGAUAUUCAGGGCGUGUCACUCAUAAAUGCAGGAAAUCACAGAGAUGCAUUGGCAAAUAUUGAUGCAGAAUCACUGUCACAGACAGGCACUCAGACUGUGAUUUGUGGGCAACAGCCUGGUAAUGGGUUUGACUACACACAACAGCUGAGUCCUGGGGGAAAGCCCAGCUCCAGCCCCCCACUAUCAUCCUCUCAUAGCAGGCAGGAUCAUCUUACUGACUCAGCCUGUUCACCUGCAGCCAGCCAGGCUCUUUCACAGAGGCCCCAUCAGUCAGAUAACCGCAACCAUACAGAUGUCCCAUGUGGCAUGAAUCACUGCUCAGACGAUAGCCCUCAGUGGAAGCAACAUGAAACAAGAGGUGUCAUCAACAACCAAGAUACACCCAUGACAUAUGUCCAAACUACAGUUAUCAGUCCAGCUUCUAUAGCUGAUAAGAGAUCAGAGUCAGAAACGGAGAAGGCUAUAGUUACCUCAGAAGCAGUGAUACUCACACAGGAGAAUCAGAGCCCACUCUCCAACAGUCAAACUUGUGUGGGAGAGAGUGGCGUGGAGAGUGCCCUUGAAGAGGCUUUAGUGGUGGUUGCUGCGUUGCCACUGACAACACCCACGAUGCCAGAAGUGAUAGAAAGCAAGGGAGAGGGAGAAAGCGUGAGGCGUGAUUCACUGGAGAGAGUAGCUACUGUAGCAAUCGCAGAGAGUGAGAAAGCAGUAGGAGAGAGAGAUUUGGAAGGAAUAGAAAAGUGCUUCAGCUCUGCAGACGGAGAGAAAGAAGGACUCCUGGACAGCCUUCCUCAGCUCUCAGUAAUCUGUACACAGGGAAAAUGCUCACUUGCAUUCUCAGCCAAAGAGGGACAGGCUGCAUCUGAGGAAAGCUGCAGCAGCAAAAUGCCACAAAACUCAGCUGAGACUGAAAUGAAGGGACCGAGAGAGACAACCGUUCACAGUGCAGACACAGAGAUCUCACCAGCUGAAGAGGGAGCCAGAGAAAAGGAGCCACUCCGGUUAGAAGCCUAUAUCAAUACUUCUCCCCUUGGGCUACUUACUAGUCCUGAUCACAGUGUUGCCGGAUUGGAGGAAGCGGGAGGAGGAGGAGGAGGAGGAGGAGAGGAGGUGGUAGAGAAAGGAGGGCUGGCUAGAGAGCACAGUUCAUUCAGCCAGCCAGAAGGCUCUGCUAGUGGGGUGUCAUCAGUCGAGACUGAGACGUGUCCGCCCACCGAUGUUGCCGAGUCACAGCUGAAGUCACAGAGCUGGAGUGAGCCGAUUGCUACCAUCACUGAGAGCAUCUGCACUGAAGAGGACCGUCUCUCUCACCCCUGCCAGGAACAGCAUGGUGCAGCAAUUUCCCCUCUCCCCACUCACCCUCAUCAGAGCUCCAGCAAUACAAAUGGAGGGGUAAGGGCUGAUCUCAAACUGAAUUUGAUUUCAGAGGAAGCACUGUCUUCGGGAAACUCUUGUGAGGAGUCAUCCACCACAGAGACAGAGAGAAACUACAGCCAAGUCUCCCUGUCUUUAAUCUCACCUCAGCCUUUGACUACUUCACAACAAAUCCCAGUCGAUCGACAAGCGAGCAACAAUCAACAGGUCCAGCCUGAGAGUAGCACAACAGAAGUCAGGACAGCCGAAAGUGCAUCUGAGUUCCAAGUCCAAGCCAAGACCCAGAGCAAUAAAGGUAGCCCUGCUAUGUCUGGAGUGGGUGUGUACGUAAGUAAUGGCAGUGGACGCAGCAACAGAGUUCAUUUUGCGGACACUGUGAAACUAGAGGGCAGUUCCUCUGUGGAUCUCAAGAACAUGCCGGAGCCAGCUAUGAAGUGUGCCUCUUUGCCUCCGCUGACUGUACAUGAGAGUUUGCAUUAUCCUGUUGUUGAAGCCAGCUACACCUUCCCAGACUUCCUCAACUUGAAGAAGCCAGAAAUCGCAAAUGCAGCCCCUACAAAGGAUGAUCCAGCAAUAUGGAGCCCAGCUGACUUAACAAAGCCCCAGAAUGAUGUGCAGUUGGACAAAGGAGAUAUAGGGACUAAAGAUACCAAGGAAAACAUUAACAUAGAUCAGUUAGGUAAUGAAAACUUGGAGACAAACACUGUGGAUUUACAGUCUGUGACCAAGGCCUGUCCAAAACAGCUUCCAUGUCCUACAGAGAAAAAUCAGACUGGUAAUGAAGAAUUUUUUGACCUUUCUCAAACAGCAGGAAAUGUUAUCUCUGAGUCUGAUCAUGUAACAGUUGAACAGGAGUCAACAAACGUGACAAAGCAAUUUGAGGCAGUAACAGAGAAGGAUGCUUUAAAUGAGUGUUUGUCAAAGGAGAAGCAUAUAGAAAAGUUACAUGAGCCUCAAGGCUCAGUCAAGAGUGGCCAGCUUCACGAGUCACCUUUAAUAAGCGAUGCCACUGUCAUUCUUGAAGAAAAAGAAGGUAAUCAACAACCCCUGUCCUCAUGUUCUGUGCUUCCAGCUGAUGAUGUUACCAGCAAGCCUUUAAGCGAUGUCUCCACUGAGUUACCUGUUGGGCAACUCUCUACUGACCUUGACUUCAGUUCAAAAGCUGAAACCGUGACCAUGACCGGCACAGCCUCUCUUCAGACAAAACCUAGUGACCCCAGUGAUCAGCCUCCCACCCAAUUAAAUCAAACGCAUCCUUGUGGACUAGUUACCACAGUUCCUCUGGAGGCUACUGACGGGUCCACAAAUGAUGAGUCAGUGACUUCAGAAGUGACAGCCUCUGACCAGUCAAUUCCUGUUAUCAGUAAUCCUGCUUUUGUGCUGCUGCCUCCUGGCCCAAUGUUAAGUCAUUUGGAGUUCAUUUCUGACUGUGAUAUCUCUCUUCCUGAGCAGAUAGAUAACCACAUUGCUGAUGGUGGCAGCACCAAUGUCUCUGGAGAAGUGGAUGGCAACAAGAGCAGGGAAAUUACACAAAUAUCUUCAGCACAGGAUCUGGAGCACAGUGAUGUCAGUGUUAAAGCAGAUGAGACGUGUCCGAAACUGGAGGCUAGAAAUGAUGCUAAAGAGUCUGUUGUUAAACUUGAAAAUUCUGCGAUUAACAAUGUAAAUAUUUCAUUCCCACAAGAGGAAAAUCUGCCUCCUGGUGCAGUGGGUUUACUGGAAAAGGGUGGAUCUGAUAAUGUAAUUUCUCUAUCUCGUACUGAGCCACACUCUACCGGCAUUAAACCUGUCAUUUGUGAACCAUCUAUUAAGGAUGACCUCAUUAAUGUCAGCUGCCCACUCAUCUCUGAUCUGCCUUCCAAUGAAGCUUCUGAUGAAAUUAAACAGGACAAUGUAAAAGAGAAACACAAAAAAGGAGAUGAGACCUCCGUGCUAUUUGAAGGGGAAAAGAAACAAGUUGGAGAGUCAACAAUGGAUAAUCAAAAGGAAACAGCAGAAAGCAGCAAGCUACAGACAGGAAAGACAGGCGCAACACCACAAGAGAGCAAUGGGCCAGAUAAAGUGGGUGUAGAGGAAAUUGGAGACCUGCAGCCACCACAUAAACAUAAAGUACAAAAGACUGAAUCACCAAUAAGGAAUAUUAAGGAGGAAGGAGAAAGGAAGAGUGGCACUGCAUCUAAUAGCCAGAGAGAGACUUCUUCCUCAUCUCCUGACAGAGCAGCAGGGUCAUCUGAGGACAUGCCAAGCGCUGAGGUAGAGUCCGGUAGUGAAACUCAAACUGUUUAUGACCAGAGUUUGUGCCAAACUCCGACAGCAACACUGGAACGCAGCUCCGACAGGGACACAGCACCAGAUUUGAGUGCAGCUCCUGGCCAAUCACAGUCUGCACCAGAUCCAAACUGUUUUGCUCAGCAACAGGAGCAACAGCAGCAGCGUCUGGCAUCCAGACAUCCCACAGUGGAGAUGUCAGGUGGCUGUCUAGAGGGGGGAGAAAAGACUAACAGGCAGGUCAGGCAGACCCAAGCAGUGGUUCCAGGGGUAAAAGGGGUAGCAGAGGAAGGAGAUGGCUCUGUCGGGAGUUUGUGUCAGUCAGGAAGCAGGGAUGAGUUGACAGGUGAUGACAGCACUGGCAAUAAACGAGUGAUACGUCUAGAGAAAGGCGAGGGAAAGAGAGCACAAGCUGCACCAGUGGUUGACAGGGUUUGUGUGCCGUCUCACCUUGCCAGUGAUUUAAAUGAGAGUGGAAAAGGUGCUGAGAGAAAUGCCUUAGUUGACAUGGGGAUGGUAACAGCUUGCUCUCAUGUGAUUGACACAAGACAGGGGAUGGAUGAGAAUAAAAGCCCCGAGGUAGGGGUAGUUGGGUCAGCUACACAUUUAAUGCCAGACAUUGAAUUUGUGAGUGAUCUGGGUAGUAAAGGUCAGCAAAAAAGCAAUCUAUCAGCUGCCUGUCAAGACCAACACGGAAAACCUGAGACCUUAAAGAACACUGCUGUAUCUGUUGAGUCUAAAUCACAGGAACAUGAGACUUCACCUUCCCAAAUCUCUGUUUCGUCAAAGGUCAGAACAGAUAGUCAUGAAAUUCAUACGGAAAGUGCAAACCAGGCUGAAGAAAUUCAUUCAAAAAUAUGCAGUACUCUGCCAGAUCGUGUUGUUCAACCAGAAACUGUGAAAAAGGAUUUCAGUGAUGCCACGGCAGUGAAACGCAACAGUAGUGAAACUGAGGAGUGUGAAAUUCAGGAUACAGUGUGCAAGCCUUUUGAGCUCCAAAGCUCCAAUGUAACCUCAGCCACACAAAGCAGCCCAGUAGCACAAACAGCCAUAAAAGGCCCUGAUGUAGAGGAGAUCACAAAGGAAGAUAAAGCAGCUUUGGACGAAGAGAAAGCCAGCAGCCAGGGGAAGGGACGAAAUGAUAUAAAAGUCAUAAACAAUGAAGCAACAGAAAAACAAGGGGUCGUAAAUCUAACUGGGAGUGCUAAAGACAGUGGCUCGGGAUUAAUUAAAGACAGUGGGGUGUCACACAGCAGCACUGAGAUUGCUGUUUGUCACUUUGAGGAGAACGUUGGUCUUUCUAAGGCAAUAGAAAACGACAGUGAUACAACAGAUAAAAUAACUCCAGAUGUUAUCACAGUCCCAUCCCCAGCAGAUUUUGCAUCGACCCAUGAAGUGUCGUUGGCAAAGCCCCAAGACGAUAUUGUGGUAUACCCCAUUGCUGCUGCUUCCCAGUGUGAGGGAAUAUCACUUGAAAAAGCUUCAGCCUGCAUCUCUCCUGUCGAACAAGUGUCUGUGAAAUCAGAGGCUGUCAAGGUGUCGGAGAGUCCUGCUCCUGGACUUACAGCCCAAGAACUAGAUACAAACUGGAUAAAAGCUCUAAAAGAAGCUGCAUCCCAUUCUCAGAGUAAACAAGAGAACACAGUGGAGACCUCAAGACCCCUCCCAUCCCUGGAGUCUCCUCAACUAGAGUUUAUUACUCCGACUGAUGAAAUAGCUGCUCCUCUGAGACAGGAGGACAUCCCACCAUCGGAGCAAGCAGCGGAGAAGACACCAGAGAUCCCACCUCUAAACCUUGUGAAGAAGCCAGUGGAGCUUCCUGAGCCUUUAAAGAAGACAGCAGAGCUCCCAGAACCAACACAUCAGAUAGUAGAGCACCCAGAACCAACACAGAGCACAAAAGUCGAGCUUCAGGAGGAAACAAAGAAAGUAGAGCUCUCAGUACCUACCAAGAAAGAAGAGCCUCUGGAGGAGUUUCCAGAACCAAAAAGGCAGCCAGUAACUUCUUCAGAAACAGCGGAUGAGCCAGCUGAGCCCCUAGAACCAACUAAAAGCACACUAGAGUUCCCAGAACCACCGAAAAAUGAAGAACCAGAACCAACAAAGACAACAACCGAGCCCCAAGAACCAGAGAAGAAGCUGAUCAGUGAGCUGCCAGAGGAGCCAGUGGAGAAACCUGUAGAGGUCCCACCUGAGGAGCCAUUUAAAGUGCCAGCUGAGGAACCGGCAGUGACAGAAACAGUCCAAGGUCCUGCUAAGGAGCUAAAGGACAGCUGGCCCUCCCACGCUGAACAGGCAGAGAGAGGUGACUGUGCCCCUGCCUCUCCCCCACCUCACUUCCUGCCUGCCCUCCCUCACCACCUCCAAGACACCACCGAUUUUCCCACUCCCCCUCCCACACCCCCGGAGAGGCACACACCUGAAGCUGUACCAUCUGCACCUGCAUCUCCCUGCUUUCCUCCUCCUCCUUCUCCUUCAGCCCUUGCCUCCCCUCCUGUACCUUCUGCUUACCAGAAUGAGGACCACUGCCCUGCUUCUCUACCCUGUCACCCUCCUUUAAGGAGCUCAGACUCUGAUGGAGCAUUUGAAACCCCUGAAUCUACAACUCCAGUAAAGGCUGCUUCUCCUACCGAGCCCCAAAUCCAGCAACUACCGUUGGAUGACAAAGAAGCAGAGACCUCAGUUACUGAUCCUGCCUCUGACUUGACUUCAGGUGUAGCACCUUGCCGUUCACCGUCCAUUGUUUUUGAUGAGGACAAGCCCAUUGCAGCCAGUGGCACCUACAACAUAGAGGUUUUUGCUACAGAUGUAACAAGUCACACUCUGACCCGGUCACUCAGCCUCCAGGGAGGAGAACUAGACAGCGCUGGUCUGUUGGACGGAUCAACAGCGGGAGGUUUUCACCCACAUUCUGAAUCCUUCAGUGUGGGGACUGAGAGUGCCCCAGGGACACUUCACAGGCCCAAGAAAAUCCGCUCUGGGUCUGUAAAGAAGAAGCCUCUGCUCAGACAAAAUUCCAACCCAGAGAGUCCAAGGCCAGCCUCAUCUGGCAGCACCCCAGAGAUCAAGAAGCGGGCAAAGCCUCGAACUGCCAACCCUCUCCAGACUCAGGAGGACGCAGAGGGAGGAUCUGCAACCCCGAGCCCUGGAGGAACCCUCAGAAGGACCAGGAAGACCCGUGUGGAGACUCCUCCUCCUUUGCCGGAGGAGACCAAUCAUAUCAGCCAAGAGGAGAGCCUUGUCAUCCCGCUCUUACCCUUGUGCCAGGAGGAGACCCCUCUUCCUGGUAGUCCAACAGGCGAAGACGAAUCCCCCAUCCCCCCUAGUACCUCCUACAAAUGGGAUCCAGAUAAUUUUGAGAACAUAGACCCUUUCAAUACUGGAGGUAGUAAAAUUGCCAAUUCCCCUGUUCUGGGUCGUAAAGGUCCUGUGUGUGCCCCCAUUGCCACCCCUCCAGAGAGUUCUUGUGUCUCUGUUGUGGAGCCGUGUCCACCAGCUCCCCUUGAAGAGCCAAUCACAAACCCUGAAGAGCAACCCAUCAUCCCCAAACGUCAGUCAGUAAGGCUGGAGUUUGACUACUCUGAGGAGAGCGGUGAGGCUUCACACCAGGCCUCUCCCCCACCCAAAAAAUUGGGCAAGAAGCCCGGUGGCAAGAUGCCUCUUAGGAAACCAAAGCUCGGGCUGAAGAAGGCCCCUCCAGCACAGGUGGAAAAGCUGGACAAUGAUCCUCCAGCUACCCACAAUGGCAACGAGGACGAAAUCCCUGUUCAUAAAGCGUCUUACGGCUUUGAACCUGACAAGUGGGAUGAUCCAAACUUCAAUCCAUUUACUUCUAAGAAAGGCAUCUCCAACUCCCCAAAGCUAUCGAGGCCAUCUUAUAGCUUUGACCCCAGUAACUUUGAUGACUCUGUAGACCCUUUCAAAUCCUCCAAUAAGAUGGCUAACUCCCCUCCUAAGGCCUCUACCUCCUUUGAACUGUCAUCCAAUGACUAUGACAAUGAAAAUGACAAUGACAACAUUGGAGAACUGGAGGACCAAAAUCAGAACAAACCUGCCAAGAAGAAGAAAACUCCAAUCAAAUCUAAUACUUUCAGAGUGAAAAGGUCGCCAAAGAAAUCCCCUUUGUCUGACCCAUCCCAGGAUCCUACGCCCUCAGAUGAACCUUCCUCCCUCCACCCACAAGACGACCAUGCCACAGAUGAGGAGAAGCUGGCUUCCUCCACCAGUCAUAAGUGGGCAGCCCUGCACGACAUGGAUGCAGAUUUAAACUCUGACCAACAAGACUUCCCUCAGCCAUGUGACCUUACCUCCUUUGUUAAUGAGAACAGUCUUCCUCAUCAGGCUCCAGUGCAAGACUAUGAAAUUGAGUACAUGGAGAAGAUUGGCUCCUCUUCGCCUCCAUUGUCUGUGAAGAAGCCAUCUUUGUACCUGAAGUUGGACUCAGUAUCUGACAACUUAACCAAGAAUGCACAUGGAUCCGAGCCCAGCUCUCCCUGCACAGGGAGUUUUGAGGAGAUGGAAGCCCAGAUAACAGCGGGUAUAAAGACACCGGUGCUGAGCUCCCGGCCUGGUCCAGAUGGCUCUACUGGGGACAAGGGCAGAAAGAGAGAAAGUGAAGCACUCAGCCGAACACAGAGCAUAGAGAGGGAUGAGCAGCCCCUUAGCCAGGGCCCUGUGGAGGCCCCUGUGGAGGCUCUGGCCAUGCCCCUGUUAGACAGGCUGUCUGAGUGUGACGACCCCCUGCAGUACCUGGAGCCUGACCUGGCUGAGACCAACCCCACCGCAUUCGCCCAAAAACUACAGGAGGAGCUGGUGCUUGCUGCCCUGAGGAUAGAGGCUCUGCAGGUAGCCAAAAACAUCUCUCAGUGCCCCUCCCUCUCUACUGUAACCCCCCAGCACAGAGACGUGUCAUCUCCCAUAGAGAGUGCCGUGUCCAAGAACUCACUGUACGCGAGGACCACCGGCUACAUCGAAGGGGAGAGUCCCCACCUGCCCAGAGAGCUGGACCACUCGCUGGGAAUUGCACGAGAAGAGAUUGUGACAAAGGAGAAAGAAGUGCUGGAGUGGCAAAGGAAGUAUGAAGACAGCCGACAGGAAGUGGUGGAGAUGAGGAGAAUUGUUGCUGAGUAUGAGAAGACGAUUGCACAGAUGAUAGAGGAUGACCAGAAAGAAAAGUCUCUCUCCCACCACACCAUCCAGCAGCUGAUCAUGGAGAAGGAUCAGGCCUUGGCUGACCUCAACUCCGUGGAAAAGUCUCUGGCCGACCUCUUCCGACGUUAUGAGAAGAUGAAGGAUGUACUGGAGGGCUUCCGCAAGAAUGAAGAGGUUCUGAAGAAAUGCGCUCAGGAGUAUCUGUCCAGGGUCCGUAAGGAGGAACAGCGCUAUCAAGCACUGAAGAUUCAUGCAGAGGAGAAACUAGACAAGGCCAAUUCAGAGAUAGCUCAAGUGCGGGGUAAGGCCAAGCAGGAACAGGCCGCCUAUCAGGCCAGUUUGAGAAAGGAGCAGAUGAAAGUGGACUCUCUGGAGCGCACUUUGGAGCAAAAGAACAAAGAGAUCGAGGAGUUGACGAAGAUCUGUGAUGAGCUGAUUGCCAAGAUGGGGAAGAGUUAGCGACCACACCACACCCAGGCCAAAUCUCACAGAGAAGAGGAGUGGAAAAAAUACUUGGAAAGUGAAAGCGGAUCAGGAAUAUUUACCACUCUUCCAAGGACUGAUGGACAUCGAAUGCCAAAAUGGUCUUGGGGUUAAAUUUCCUACUGACUUUGUGCAUACAGGAUCCACAGGAAUGGCUUCCUCUUAAUCACUCUGUACAUUUUUGAUGUGUCAGUGUAUCGUACUGUAUCAGGGGUCUGGUUUAAAGUUUUAGAAAAUGUAUCAUAUCACUAAUGAGUGUGUCUGUGUGUGUGAGAGUGUGCGUAUGAUAAUGAGAAAAGUGAGAGCAUUGUUUGUGGGUUAAAUUAUCUAUAAUGAUGCCAUGACAGCCACUGAGGGAGAAGACUGUUUACCCGUUCCUGUUGUUGUCUCCUCUUAAUACAAGAGAAAGAUAGAUUUUGAAAAAGUGUAACAGAGACUUAGAUUCGUUUAUAAAAUGUUGAUACACCACCACUAAGAGAACACAAACUAUCACGCUAGCUUACUGCAUGUGAGAGAGAACAAAGAACUUGUAUUGUUAAUGUUUGUAUAUACUGUAGGAAAUUCCAAGACUCAUCUGCAUUUUUGAUAGUUAUUCUGUCAUCCUCUGCCCGCUUCCCUCAUGUAACCUUGUAGAUAUUUGUCAUACUUGUCAUAGCUUUCUCGAUGAAAUUGUGGGACUAUUUUUUGGAUUUUAUUUUGAUAUAAAGCAAACUAAUCGUGACUGUAUUCAGUGUGACCAAGAGUAAUUUAAUUUUGGAUGGAUAUGUCCUAGUCCUGCUAUGGUCGUUGUGUCACACUGAGGAAUAACUUCUCUGCACAGCUACUGUACAGCAUCUGCUUACAAAGUGCAAUAAAAGAUGGCAAUACAGCA